CAGAACGCUGCUGCGCUUCUAGGGCGCGGUGCUGUACGCUCAUUACGGCGACGACGAYGAUUUCCGGGCGCUGCAGGACAAAAGCGUCAACAUGAACGGCAGAGUUAUGCUGAUCAGAGCCGGAAAGAUCAGCUUCGCCGAGAAGGUGGCCAACGCCGCCAGAAUGAACGCCUCUGCUGUUCUGAUCUACGCAGACCCGAGUGAUUACAACAUCAAAGAGGACACCGAGCUCUAUGGACAUGUMCACAUGGGCUCAGGUGAUCCUUACACCCCCGGCUUCCCCUCCUUCAACCACACCCAGUUCCCUCCUGCRGAGUCUUCAGGCCUGCCCAAGAUCCUGGCACAGACCAUCACGUUGAGCGUGGCAAAGAAAAUCCUUAACCAGCUAGGUGGUCCAAAGAGGCCCGAAAGGUGGGAAGGUUACAGCAAAUUAGGAGACGAGACUGACAUCAUCGCUAUGGAGGUCAACAACGUUCUCACAGAGAAGAAGAUCCAUAACGUGUUUGGGGUCAUCAAAGGUUUUGUCGACCCAGACCGCUAUGUGGUUAUCGGCGCCCAGAGGGACGCGUGGGGCCCGGGCUAUGCAGCGUCAACCGUCGGCACCAGCGUCCUGGUGGAGCUGGCCCGCGCCAUCUCUGACAUGGUGAAGAAGGGCGGAUUCAAGCCGAGGAGGAGCAUUGUGUUUGCUAGCUGGAGUGCUGGAGAAUACGGAAGCAUUGGCGCCACCGAGUGGUUGGAAGGGUAUUUGUCGUCUCUGAGCAUGAAAGCCUUCUCUUACAUCAACCUGGAUGGCAUUGUAACAGGUCUGAAUGGAUUUAAAGUAGCAGCCAGUCCUCUAAUGCACACCUUGAUUGAAAACACCCUAAAAGAGGUAAAAAUCCGAGAUAGCUCUCUUUAUAAGCAAUUUGCAAAGGACAACUUUGAAUCAAAUAUUCUGGAGCCGAUGCGGAUGGAUAGCUCUGCGUAUCCUUUCCUCGCCUUCUCCGGAAUCCCCUCCAUGUCAUUCAGAUUCUCCCCUGACAACUUGAACUACAAGCACUUUGGCACAAUGGAGGACACCAUCACAAACCUGAACGCUGCCACGUCCAGCCAGGUUCCCCUGCUAGCGGAGACAGCGGGCCGCUUCGCCGGCCUCAUAGCUCUGAGGCUGGUCCACGACCAUCUGCUGCAGAUGGACGUGAUGAAAUACUACAAGGUCGUUCGUUCUUACGUGUACAAGAUCAAUGGAAGAGUYAAGGAUGUUCUGCGGAUGCAACCCCAGCUGUUGCCCAAAUCCCUGACGGUGCAGUGGUUGAUCUCCGCCAUGGGUUCGUACAGCCGGGCCGCCCAGAGCCUACAGAACGACAUCCAGAACAGCGACCUUGAGGACAUCGAGAUGUGCCGCUUCAUCAACGACCGCAUCAUGGCGGUGGAAAGAAACUUCCUGUCCCAGUACGUCUCCCCCAGGCAGAGCCCAUUCCGCCACAUCCUGGUCGGCUCGGGCCCCCACACUCUCAAAGCUCUCACCAAACACCUGGACGCCCUGAAGACGAACAACCCUGAGGCAAACGCCGAGCUUUUCCUCAAUGAGUUCGCUCUGGCAACCUGGACCAUCCAGGGCUGCGCCAACUCCUUAGCAGGGGACAUCUGGUCUCUGGAUAAUGAAAUCUAAACCGACCAACAGUUGCACAACCUCUAAAAAAAAUWWWAAAAAUMAAUAMGUUUUAACAWUUGGAGAAAAUAACAUGAUCCCCCCUUUUAUAUUAAUUAGAGCUUACUUUUUAUCCACAUGUAACACUUGAAAAACCAAAUUUUUGAUGCUUUGGUGCUACUAAUGACUACUAGAACAUCCCAGUUUUACAUGGCAGUAGUAGCUAAUUGUGUUUUCCUGCGAAUGAGCUGAACGUAGAGCAUUUCCCAACAUCCUAAUAUGUCAUAAUCACUCCUAUGACUCAGAGAAUUACAUCACCAAAGGUCAGUAUGAUAAACUAAUAACUUUUUAUCUGUUUACUAAAAAUGAUUACAAUGCUGCUGAAGCCAAAUGUUCAAACCUGAGCUGGUUUACGUUGGCAGCUACAGUUUUCUAAAAACAUCAGUGAAACUCAUCAGUUUCAGAAGGUGCUGAAAUCAAUUGCAUAAAAUGAAAAU